CUUCGAGUCCGGUGGUAUAUCGACAUGCAGAUGAACUUGUGGUUCACAACUUCUUUGAUUUGUAAACUUUUGGUAUACGUCUUGGAGAAUCAUGGAGGACUACGGAGGCCAGGAUGAUGUGAACUUGAACAAUGUCUCAGCUGGAGAGUCAUCUGUGGUCCGGUUGAGUCAGUCUGCUGCAGUUACCGUGGUGUACAUAGUCAUUGUUUGUCUGGCUUUGCUUAGUAAUGCUUUGGUUAUCAUCGUUAUGCUUGCAAGACGCCAAGAUUUCAGCUCCUUCACCAAUCGUCUCAUCUUACAUCAGUCAGUCAUUGACUCCAUCGCUGCACUCCUGCUGCUUCUUCUCCGGGUGGUUAAGAAUUCCAGCAUCCCGUUGUCUCAAGAAGACAACGCGUUGGAUCAACUGAUCUGCCGAGUUCUGGAGACAGACGUCUUGCUUUGGUGGUCUUACGUGGCUUCAACUUACUGCCUUGUUAUCAUUUCGCUGGAGCGGUUUGUAGCGACCUGCUACCCGGUGAAACACCGUUGCAGCUGGUCAGCGUCCCGGCUGAAGUACGCUGUAGCGACUCCCUGGGCACUCAGUGCUAUCUACUGCUGGCCCGCAGCUGUCAUACUGCGAGAACUGCAUCAGGGACAAUGCCUCUACGUGAAAUCAGUCUCAUUUUAUGUCAUGUAUGGUCUGGCAGGCAUCAUAGUUGAAUUCUUGGUACCAGUGAGCAUCAUGACCUACGCCUAUGCACGGAUACUGAUCAUACUCACUAGGAAACUAGCCAACCCAGUGAAUGGUCGGCAUUUGAGCAAAGCUAAGAAAAACGUCUUGAUAACAUCAGUUUUUACUGGUGUUAUGUUUUUGGUAUGCUGGACACCGCUAAUGCUUUACAAUCUGUUCGGGGUAUUUGUUCAUCUUGGUGUUGUCGUCGCAUCAGAACCAGGCUUUGAUGUGAUUGGUUUAAUAACAUGCAUGGCUGCCUGUAGUACCUUCGUCAACCCGGUAGUUUAUUGCUUCAUGUAUGAACGAUUCCGAUCUCAACUGAAGGACCUGGUGGUGAAGCGAUGCCGGAGAAAUCAAGUAGGUGAUGGAGACCCCAUCUCAAUUAACACGGCUACGUUGGAAGUAACACACGACUAAAGUGAAAGUCUGCGUCUUGUUUUACCGCCUGUUUUACCCUUUUUCUGUGGAGCGCCGUGGUCCAAUUCUUACGGCGUUCAAUUUACGUACCAUACAUGGGUUCGAACUCUGCCGGGGUAAAAUGAUACUCGUGUGUUCUUGAGAAUUAUACGUUACUACAGCAGCAUCUCUCCACACAUGAGGAUAUGGUACCUGUGAGGUUUAGAGACUAUUUUGCGCUGAUUUCGAGGAAUGAUGAACAGGGAUCAUAAUUCUGAUUUUGGUGGGCCUAUAAAGCGCUAGUAGUCUCAACAGACACAAUCAAAACCUUCCGUUUACUACAAACAUUGAGCGUUAAGCCUGGCCAUCCAUGAUCCUGGCACGCCCACCGAAAAGGUAAAGAUUAAGUGCAACAGGCCUUUGUGAGGGGGCUCAAGCGGCGUGUGUAGUCUCUCCUCCAGUCGACUCGCCUUUUCACAACUCAGACAAAUGUGGCCUUGCAAAAAGGCUAGCGGAUCAUUCACACUGUCACGUGG